AUGGGUAUUUGGUGGACUAAAUGUGUCUUUUCCUUUAUUGUUCUUCUUCGUUUUGUUCACUUCAUCAAUGCCCAACCUUAUGAUUAUCCAACUGCCAACCUCUCGACUAGAUGGAUAAACAGCCCCUCACUUCGCCAUUCUGUAAAUUUUACUGAUGGAUCAAUGGUGAGAUCCAUUCUUCUAAGGGGAACCUAUGGUCCACGGUUUGCUUGUGGCUUCUUUUGUAACGGAACCUGUGAUUCUUACCUCUUUGCAAUUUUUAUUUUGCAAACCGAUAGUGUUUCUUACAUCACCUCUCCUAGUAUUGGUUUUCCUCAAGUUGUUUGGUCUGUCAAUAGAAACAAUCCUGUCCGGAUUAAUGCAACCCUGGACCUCACAUCUGAUGGAGAUUUGGUCUUGAAAGAUGCUGAUGGGAGUACGGUUUGGUCCACGAAUACUAGUGGCCAUUCUGUUGCAGGUUUAAGCUUGACAGAUUCAGGAAAUCUUGUGCUUUUUGAUGAUAACAAUGAAACAGUCUGGCAAUCCUUUGAUCACCCAACUGAUUGUCUAGUUCCUGGACAAAAGUUAAUGGAAGGGAAGAAACUCACUCCUAGUGUUUCUGUAACAAAUUGGACUCAACUAAGCUUGCUUUCAUUUUCUGUCACCAAGGAAGGAUUGUUCGCUUCAGUAGAGUCUAAUCCCCCACAAGUCUAUUUUAGUCUUCCAGUUGGAGUAACGAAUAGCAAAACAUCAACACUAACUUACGCUAUAUUCCUAAAUGGAAGCUUAGCUUUAUUCUCCUCCAGACUAAAUGAAUCGGAUAGCUUUCUCACAAUUCCUAAGGCCUCAUCAGCACAGUACAUGAGAUUUGACCCUGAUGGGCAUUUAAGAGUUUAUGAGUGGACAACAAGCUGGAAAGAAGUUGAAGAUCUGUUGACAGGAUAUCUUGGUGAAUGUUCUUACCCAACGGUUUGUGGGAAUUAUGGAAUUUGCUCGAAAGGGCAGUGUAGCUGUCCUCCAUCAGCCAUCGAUGGAACAAAUUAUUUCAAGCAAGUAGAUUAUAGGCAGCCUAAUCUUGGCUGUUCUGAAACUACUACUCUGUCCCGUGAAGCCUCAAAGCAUCACAGUUUUCAAGAGAUCAAGAACACAACUUACGCCAUCUUUGAUUCCAACCUUGAAAACGUGGAUUUGGAGAGUUGCAAGGUGGCUUGUUCAAAAAACUGUUUGUGCAGAGCUGCUAUUUUUCGAUAUGGCACCGAUGCUGCAAGAGGUAGUUGUUUCUUGCCAUCCCAGAUUUUUUCGUUGGUGACUUAUGACAACAGAUAUUACAACUCAAUUAUCCAUGUAAAGGUGCAAAAUGUCACAAAUGUGAGCGAUGUCUCAACUGCAGUUACUCGGAGAAAGAAGAGAAGUCGAGUGCCAGUAAUAGUAUGGUCCAGCCAUGGAUCUUUCUUUGGUUUGCUUAUUUUGAUUGCAAUCUUACGUUUGCUAGUUUUGAAGAGAAGAAAUUCUGAAGAAGGCGAGGAAGCUUAUUUAGAUCAAGUACCAGGAUUGCCCAUGCGGUUCUCUUAUGAAGAUUUAAAAGGCAUGAUAAAAAAUUUCAGUAAGGUGCUCAGUGAGGGAGGAUUUGGCUCCGUUUAUGAAGGGCUUCUAGACGAUGGCACCAAAACUGCAGUGAAACAAAUCGAUGGUUUAAGCCAUGUCAAGAAAUCAUUCCUUACUGAGGUUGAGGCAAUUGGCAGCAUUCAUCAUGUGAACUUGAGAAAGAAAAUCAUCCUUGAUAUAGCGAAGGGACUAACUCAUCUUCAUGAGGAUUGCAGGCAAAAGAUAAUCCACCUAGAUAUCAAACCUCAAAAUAUUCUGUUAGAUGAAAAUUUUAAUGCAAAAAUAUCUGAUUUCAGAUUGUCUAAACUGAUUGAUCGAGACCAAAGCAGAGUUGUGACAACAAUGAGAGGUACUCCUGGCUAUCUAGCUCCCGAAUGGUUGAGCUCAGAAAUCACUGAGAAAGUGGACAUCUAUAGCUUUGGUGUUGUUGUCCUGGAAACAUUAUGUGAAGAUAUGCAGUGUCACAGAGCACAAAUAACGACUAUGUUAAGGGUUGCUGCUCGGUGUUUGCAAAGUGAUCAUACAAAAAGGCCUUCAAUGUCACAUGUGGUAAAUGUUUUGGAAGGUGUUUUGGAAAUUGAAAAUAACCCAGAAUACGAAUUAUCUAGCCUACCAUUAAAGACAAUGUCUGCAGAAUUCACUGCAUUGCUACCUUCAGUUCUAUCUGGUCCGAGGUGA